AUGGCUUCUUGUAGCCGCUAUUGGACCAGAGCUGUUGGCCGCUCUGAAACCCCAAGCCGAGCAGCAAGUUUCGCGCUCCCUCCUCAAGAUUCGCUCGCCAUGGAGUCCUUAAAGAUUCCUCUUCCAUUGACUGUCCGAUUUACGACUUCUAUUCCAGAUCUGCUGCUGGACAUCACCGACCCAGAAGAAACGACUGUCGUUGCUUUAAAGCAUCUUAUCCGAUCGAAGCUCGACCCCCCGACAUCGAAACACCGAUUUCGAUUAAUACACAGCGGGAAGUUACUCAAAGAUGAUGACAUUGUAUCAGCAGUCUUGACGAUUCCUGCUCCUCCUCCGCCGCGGUCCGAUCCAAAAGGCAAAGGCAAAGCCGUCGAUCCCCCACCUCCGCGCGUCUACAUAAACUGUUCUAUCGGCGACGUCUUAACAUCUGCUGAGCUCUCCGCAGAGUCGUUCGCAGCAACUAUAUCCAUAAAUAAGUCUAAGAAUGCCGCAAAAAGCGACUCCAAAAAUGGAAGUCCAUCUGGACCGCAGACUACUACAACGCCUGCGCCUCGAGGCUUCGAUCGAUUGCUUUCUGGCGGAUUUACUCCCGCUGAAGUAAACCAGCUUCGGCUGCAGUUCCUAUCUAUACAGUCAUCCAUACAUACGCCGGAUACUAUGCCAUCACCUGAAACACUGCGACGCAUGGAAGAUGCAUGGAUAGACUCUAAUGGCAAUACAGGUGCUGAGGCCGCAAAUGGCGGAUUUGAUUUUGGAGACGAUGGCUUAGGUGGCGGUGCUCUGGACGACAUUUUGUGGGGAAACAUCAUGGGGUUUUUGUGGCCCUUAGGUUCCAUAGGAUGGAUUAUCCGGGAGGGAGGCGUGUGGUCAAGAAGAAGGCAAUUCGCCGUCUUUACUGGUUUUGUGCUCAGUCUUACCUUUGGUAUGUUGAGAGUUGUAUCGUAA